AUGGCAUUCAAUGAGAAACACUCCAGCACCGCCAGCGAUGUCGAGCGACCGCAUAGUGGAUCGACCCUGGCGGGGGAGGAGAUCAAACGCGAUCUCAAAUCAAGGCAUAUCAACAUGAUUGCCAUCGCAGGCAUGAUUGGAACGGGCCUGUUUUUGAGCUCCGGCCAGGUCAUUGCCAUUGCUGGUCCGGCGGGGGCCUUUUUGGCAUACAUUGUCAUGGGCUUUGUGACAGGUGGGAUCUCAUACACCACGGGCGAGAUUUCGUCCUUCAUGCCGUGCAGUGGUGGCUUCGUGCGCCAUGCGACAAGGUUUGUUGAGCCGGCGCUCGGCGCAGCGACUGGCUGGAACUUUUGGUAUACGAUGGCGAUCUCGGCCCCAACAGAGAUCACUGCGGCUGCGACCAUUGUCCAGUUUUGGAAUGACUCAAUCAGCCCGGCGGUCUGGAUUACCGUCUUUGGCGUCUUCAUCACCGCACUUAACUUUUGCAACGUGAAGCUCUAUGGAGAGUCGGAGGUCAUAUUUGCCUCUCUCAAGAUCAUGCUGAUCAUCGGUCUCAUCAUCGGUGGCAUCGUUAUUGAUCUGGGUGGUACUCCCGGCCAAGAGCGUCUCGGCUUCCACUACUGGAAGGACCCGGGCGCGUUCAAUGCCUUCAUUGACACCGGCUCCGCGGGAAGAUUCCUUGCCUUCUGGAAAGUCCUCUUAACCUCCGCUUUUAGUUUUGGCAAUAUCCAAGUCGUGGCCAUUGCAGGCGCCGAGACCCAGAAUCCACGCAAGAUCAUCCCCGAUGCGACAAGAAAGACUUUCAUCCGCAUUUUCUUCUUCUACGUUGUCAGCAUUUUCAUCGUCGGUCUCAUCGUCCCAUCCAACGACAAGGACCUUACCAUCUCAACUGGUACAGCAACACAGUCGCCAUUCGUUAUUGCAUUUGUGCGAUCGGGCGUUUCUGUCGUCCCGCACAUCAUUAACGCAGUAGUGUGCACUUCGGCCAUCAGUGGCAGUUCGAGUUGUAUCUUCAUUGCGUCCCGCACCUUGUAUGGCCUCAGUCAGGAUGGACAUGCACCCAAGUUCUUUCAACGGUGCAACCGAUUUGGUACUCCAUACUAUGCUGUCGGACUGACUGUUCUGCUUCUCCCACUCAUGUACAUGAGUCUGGGGAGCAGCGCGGCCACCGUCUUCUCUUGGUUUGUCAAUAUCACCACUGUCGCCGGUCUGAUCGGCUGGAUCGUCAUCGGCGGUACUUAUCUGCGCUUCUAUGCUUGCUUGAAAAAGCAGGGAUUUUCAAGACACGAACUUCCCUACCGCACACCUUUCCAGCCGUAUACCGCUUGGGUGACCACAUUCAUGGUCGUUAUGAUCGUUCUGACUUCCGGGUUUGAUGUCUUCACCAAGAACAAUUUCACAGCAUCUGGCUUCUUGACCUCGUACCUGAACAUUGCUAUAUUCGCUGCACUCUAUAUCUUUUUCAAGUUUUUCCUCAAAUCCAAAGUCGUCCCACUGGACAAAAUCGACAUCCGGGGCGAAUUCGAAGAAAUCGAAAAGGAAAAGGCGCUCGGUCUCUACCUUACCAAGAAUCAACUCGACUGGCCAUGGUGGAGACGCGCACUUCACUGGAUCUAA